AUGGAUGAAGAGAAGUAUCCAGAUGACAUUCGGACUUACACAGGAAGAAACAUACUUCGGAGGCCCCUAUUCAUAAUCUACAUCUUGCUGGCUGUCUCCUACUUGCUGAUUGUCAUCGGCUUUGCAGUGACCCUCUCCAAAGCCACAACGCUGUCAUCGCAACUGAACGAGACAUACAACAAGAUGAAAAUCAACCCCUCCGGCCGUGAUCUCCACUUGUUCCCCUGUGGCCCAGACAACAGGCAGUGGGAGUACUUCAAUGGGAAGUGUUACUACUUCUCCUUAGAAACUGUUCCCUGGCAGGAGGCCAAGACGAAGUGUGAAGAGCAACACGCCAAGCUGGUUGUCAUUGAUGGUUUCCCCAAGCAGAACUUCAUACAGACCCGAACUAGGAAUGAGCGCUUUUGGAUCGGACUUCAUGAGUUGCAAACAGAAGGAGAAUGGAAAUGGCUGGAUGGUAGCAACUACAGAACAGGUUUCAAGUACUGGAAGCAGGGAGAACCCAACGACUACAUGCGACAUGAUGAGGACUGUGCCCAAGUCUGGAUCAAUGGGGAAUGGAACGAUUUCACCUGCAGUUCCAGCUGCUACUAUGUUUGCGAGAGGCCCAUGCCGAGCCCCCCUCCGGCAGCACCCAAAGGAAAGUGA